AUGUCUGCCUCCCGUGAAGGUGAAGGACAAACUAUCACUCCAAAUAGCCAAACACUAACUCCAUCUUCAACAUCUAAUACUGAAGUGAGUUCAAGAAAAAGGAAGGCCAUACAGCUAAGGUCUGAAGUUUGGGAGCAUUUUUACAAAUAUGUUAAUAAGCACGGAGAAACCAAAGGUAAGUGCAAUUAUUGUGAAAGGGAGUUUUUAUGUGAUCCAAAAAGGAAUGGGACUACUGCACUUAAAAAUCAUAUGGGUGUGUGUAAGAAACGGCCUCCUCCUGAAGAAGGCAUACAAACCCACUUAAAUUUUGGUAUAGAUCAUAAUGCUUCUAUUCUUGCUAACUGGAAAUUUGAUCAAGAAGCAAUUAGAAAAUCUUUGGCAAACAUGGUUAUAACUGAUGAACUUCCUUUCAAAUUUAUUAAUGGGUUUGGGUUUAAACACUUUAUGGUUGCUGCUCAACCAAGAUUUAAGGUUCCUUCUAGAUAG